GGAAGUUCCACUUCCGUAACUCUCAGGAUGUGCUUAAACAUACGUGGAGUUCAGACAUUUAGGCAGUGAGACGAUAUUAACAGCAAUAACCCGUAAUGCAGAAUUGUAUGGACCUCCAUCGUAACUCAUGGACUUAUUUGUCUUUGACACCAGAAACACGGAGAUGUAUCACGCUUUAAAGUAGCGAUAUGACGCGUGUUUACAUUACUGAAGACAGCCAAAACGCGCUCAUCGAUCGCCUGAAGGAAGGCAACGUCUGAUUAGCUAGAAACGUGAUUUGAUUUAUUAGAGACGGACCAACCAAAAUGCCUGGAAAAAUGUCACCAGUACCCGUCCUACCGUUAGUGAUCAACUGUUUAUUUUCUGUACUGGGCUGUAUGGCCACUUUGAAACUCAUUCCUGCUUUCAAAGACCAUUUCAUCUCAGCCAAAUUGUUCGGAAUAGACCUAAACAAAACCUCCAAAAAGGAAGUCCCAGAGUCCCAAGGAGUCAUCAGUGGGACAGUCUUCCUCAUCAUCCUCUUCUGCUUCAUCCCGGUGCCUUUCCUCAGCUGCUUUGUAGGUGAUCAGUGCAUGGGCUUCCCACACGACGAGUUUGUGCAGUUGAUCGGUGCACUUCUGGCCAUUUGUUGCAUGAUCUUCCUGGGCUUUGCUGACGACGUGCUGAACCUGCGUUGGAGACACAAGCUCCUGCUUCCCACCAUGGCUUCCUUGCCGCUGCUCAUGGUGUAUUUUACCAACUUUGGCAACACGGUCAUCGUGGUGCCGAAGCCCUUCCGGGCCCUGCUUGGACUGCAUUUGGACUUGGGUAUCCUUUACUACGUCUACAUGGGAAUGCUAGCAGUUUUCUGCACAAAUGCCAUCAACAUCUUAGCUGGCAUCAAUGGCAUUGAGUCUGGUCAAGCCCUGUUUAUCUCCGGCUCCAUCAUCGUCUUCAACCUGCUGGAGCUCAGUGGAGAUUACCGUGAGGACCAUAUUUUCUCGCUCUACUUCAUGAUACCGUUUUUCUUCACAACAUUAGCACUUUUUUACCACAACUGGUAUCCUUCAUCCGUGUUUGUUGGAGACACUUUCUGCUACUUUGCCGGGAUGACCUUUGCUGUAGUCGGCAUCCUGGGACACUUCAGCAAAACAAUGCUGCUGUUCUUCCUUCCUCAAGUGGUUAACUUUGUUUACUCCUUGCCUCAACUGUUUCAUGUCAUCCCCUGUCCCAGACACCGGCUCCCCAGGUUGAAUCCAGAGACAGGCAAACUGGGGAUGAGCUACUCUAAAUUCAAAAGAAAGGACCUCUCUAAAUUAGGAAACCUCAUUAUGAAGGUGGCAGAGUUACUAAAGCUGCUCGAGGUGCAAAGAGGCCAAGAGGAAGAUGAUGAUUUUAUUGAGUGCAACAACAUGACCUUAAUAAAUCUGGUCCUGAAAUUACUCGGUCCCACCCAUGAGAGAAACCUCACAGUCAUCAUGCUCGUCAUACAGGUGAUGGGCAGUGUAGCUGCCUUUGGGAUCCGUUAUCAUCUGGUGCGUCUCUUCUACGACGUCUAGACAGCACUCUGAGAGAGGACAAACCAUUGACUGAGAUGAUAUGAUGUUUUAUGGGACUCAUGGUUCAUUUGUCUAUUCAUAGACUCCAUUACCUCACUGUUACUUUUUCUGCAUCAGACUCUGCUUGCAGUAUACACCUAAUGCAAGGUUCAAAGCUAUAUUUCACUUUGUACAACAUUUUCACAUGUGUUCAACCAUAAAACUGCUAGGGGCUGACACCAAUAGCUGUGUGCUUUUCUCCUUCAUUUCACUAAUGACGAGAAGGAAAAAGUAACUGUCUUAGUGAAAUUGUGUGUCCAACCUGAAAGUAUAUUUUUGUACUUGUUUUUUAAAGGAAAAUAUAGUAAGUGGGAAUGACUUUUUGUUUUCAGGUCAACCAACAUUAGUGGCUGAUAGCACUAACUUGUUUUGAUUUGAUAACAAAUGUUGGGGGGGGGAUGUACGCCAUUGAUGUAGACAUGCUAUGAGAAAAUCUGAAAAGCCCUUUACUCGAUUCUGCUGUUUAAGGAAACAGGCCUUAGGGAACAUCUGCCCAAGAAAACUUAAUUUAUCAAAAUGAUCAAUUAAUGCAACAUGAGUAAUAUUAAUGAAUUAGUCAAUAUAUCAUUUGUGGUUACCUUGCACACCUAAUGAUCAUUGUGAAGAAAAGCAAUGAAGAGAUGAGGCUAUAAUCAGUUUGAAGACCAAGAAUUAGGUGGAAAUGAGUGAAUAGAGGGGACAUUAAAAGUUGUUGACAACGUUACUAAGUUACUAAGGCAGGGGAUGGGUGAGAAUGACUGAGGAUGAAUGUUGAUACCUUUCUUGGUUCUAUAGCUGUAUUUUUAUGACUGAUAUUCAAUUCCCCCCCACGGCCUCAGUGGACAGUCAGCUCAAUGUAUCAAAAUAAAAGGAUUGCUAUAAACAAUGGCUAUGUAUGUUUUGCCUUGUGUUAAUAAAAAGCUCUGAUAUAUUCAUCUGACUUUACAGAUGCUAGUCAAUCACAACCUAAAAAAUGAAGUAUCAAGCAGGCUACUUUUUAGUGUUGUUUAACCUCGAACACUGAAUGAACAGUCUGUAUAACUAUAUGUAUUAAUAUGCAGAUUGUAAAUGUAACCGCUGAAUAAAUGU